UCCUCCUGUUCUUCCAANGACUGGAAUUCAAACCAAACGGAUCUCUACGAAGAGAUAUUCCGGCCAUUAGUGGACUCAGUGUUGGAGGGCUUCAACGGAACGGUCUUCGCUUACGGCCAGACCGGCACCGGAAAGACGUUCACAAUGGAGGGCUCGGCUGACAAACCGGGAAUUAUUCCCAACUCUUUUGAACAGAUCUUCAAUUGUAUCGCGCGAUCACAUAAUCAACAAUAUUUGGUCAGAAGUUCUUAUCUGGAGAUAUAUCAGGAGGAGGUUCGGGAUCUGCUCUCCAAAGACCAGAGCUUACGACUAGAGCUUAAAGAGAGGCCCGAUAUUGGCGUUUACGUGAAGGACUUGUCGUCGUUUGUGUGCAAAUCAAUCAAAGAGAUCGAACACGUGAUGUCUUGCGGUCACCAAAACCGUAGUGUCGGCGCCACUAAUAUGAAUGAACACUCGUCUCGAUCUCACGCUAUAUUCAUCAUAACUAUAGAGCACUCGGAGGUUGGGGUCGACGGACAGAAUCACAUAAGAGUCGGGAAAUUAAAUUUAGUUGAUUUGGCCGGAAGUGAGAGACAGGCGAAGACGGGAACUGUGGGCCAGCGGCAGAAGGAGGCCAUCAAAAUUAAUCUAUCGCUGUCUGCGUUGGGAAAUGUGAUCUCAUCGCUGGUCGACGGCAAGAGUACUCACAUCCCAUACCGGGACUCAAAGUUGACGCGUCUAUUGCAGGACUCGUUGGGCGGCAACGCGAAGACAGUGAUGGUGGCCAACAUCGGGCCCGCGAGCUAUAACUACGAGGAGUCGCUCACAACCCUCAGGUAUGCCAACAGAGCCAAGAAUAUUAAGAAUAAUCCGCGCGUUAAUGAGGACCCGAAGGACGCACUGCUCAGAGAGUUUCAGUCAGAGAUUGAAAAACUGAAACAACAACUCAUCGAAAAGAGGCGCCGAAAAGAGAACCGAUUGUCCGGUAAUAUAAGCGACGAUCAGUCGACUACUCCUGUGUCCGAAACGGGGCCUCAAAUAGACACCGAAGCGGCCGAAAAACUUCAGGCAAAGAUUAAAGCCAUGGAAAGCAAGCUAUUGGUCGGCGGCAAGAAUAUCGUCGAUCACACGAAUCAACAACAGAUGGAAUUAGAGCUCAAGAGUAAGGAACUGAUGGCUCAGAAGCGACGGGAGAGAGAAAUGUUGCAGCGAUUGGAAGAACAGGAGGAGACUGUACUCGAGAUUAGAGAGACGUUUACAUCACUUCAACACGAAGUGGAGUCUAAGCGAAGAAAAUUAAAGAAAUUGGUUUCAAAAUUGCAAUCAAUUAAAACGGAGACCAAAGAUGUGAUGGAAGCGAAUGGACGCGAACGACGAGAGUUGGAAAAUAUGCAAAACGAACUCAUGAAGGAAUUGAAACUCAAAUACAUGGUUAUCGACAACUUUAUACCAAUCGAUGAGAAAAAUAAACUCUUGAGUCGUAUUGUCUUCGAUGAGGACGAAGAGAAUUGGAAGAUAAUGAAGACGUCGAGCGUCGACAGCAAUGUAUGCAAACGACCCAAUUCUUGCGCCGGAUAUCGCUAUCCCAUCUCAGAAUUCGCCCGAUUGGCCGCCGAAGUGAGCGCUGGCGUGAGGUAUAGGUGUGAGAAUAUAAUGGACUGCGAACUCGAGAUGAGUUGCCGAACCACCAAAGACUAUACGGCUCCCAGAUUAUCACCGAGAGUGAGGGCUGCGCUCGACAACGCACUCAAACGCGAAGACGAUAUUGACGUCGAGAUCAGUACAAUUCCUGCGCCGACUUCUCGUCGAAAAGGGAAGGAAAAUGAGUCAAACGGCAAUAUUUUGCGUCCGUUAACUGCGCUUAAGAUAUCAAAUCGGAGUUCGUCUCGAAAUUUAUACUCACGGCCGGACACUGCGAGUGCCAAUCAGUCCUUCCCUCAGGCCAGAGGACUCAUUCGCAAAUGAAUUCAAUUGAAUUCAUUGUUUCCCUUCUAUUCAUCGCUUCACUAAUAUAUUAUAUAAAAUAUAUUUUUGAUGAACUAAUCGCUCGCUUAGGAGUGAAUUAGUUGGCAGUGUCUGGCAGUUAACGAUUCCAUCACUAAAUCUAGUCAAUAGUCAAUUACCG